UGGAAGCACUGCCUGUCUUGUUCUGUAUUGACUAUUGGUGAUUCAAAACCGAACUCACUGAAAGGCCUCGUCCUUUCACUGGUAUUUACACCCCGUCAGGCAGCGGAGUAUUUGAUCUUUACGCUCAUUACUUGAAGCCAAUGCGAGCCAUACUUCCCAAGUUGGCGUAAGGCAGCUGUUGUUUGAUUUCUCUCGCGACAAUUUUCAUCCUUGUGUCGAAAGGAAAAAAAGAGUGGAGUACAGAAUUUGAGGAUGCUUUGGUUCGUGAAAACUAGGUACAGUGUCGUCACCAGCCGUGUUGGGGGAAACCGUUAUCCAGAAGAGAAUCGAGAGAGAAAUAAUUCCUGCUAUAGCAAUUAGCGUCUUGAACAGGCAUGGGCUGGAGGCUCUAUAGUCGCGUAGCCAGUCGACUGGCUAGGCCUACAUCUCUGCUGCGACCUGCCAUUGGCGCUCGCUGCUCUGCUGUCCUCUCCGGACGUCAUGUGUGUGCAAGACACGCUUCCUCGUCUCUAGAAGCACCAGGUGAUGGUAGUACAGACUUCAAAGAUGCUCAGGACAGGCUGGAGAGCUCUGCCGAGUACUCGGUGUUCCGGCGCUACUGCAAUGAAGAUGGUCUAGUCAUCACGCAGAAGCUGCUCAGUGACUUGCGGAAGGCUGGAAUACUGACGUCUGAUCCUAGACUGAAGGAGUCGUUGGUGGCAUUUCGCAGAGCAUCACAAGAGAACGAGGGCUUAAUGCCAUUCGAUGCUCUUAUACAAGGUGUUGGCGAUAAAUUCACGCUCCUAGCCAAGGUUCUUACGCAAAAAAUCACCGUACCCGACUUCCCGCGUUUCAAGAAUGAUGUCCAGAAAAUAUACCAUGCUGUGAAGGACAACACGGAUGGCGAACUGUUUUCAGCCAUUCCUCAGUUGCAAAAAGUGAAUCCAGACUACUGGGCAGCAUCAGUUUGUACUGUGGACGGUCAGCGAGCGUCUUUCGGUGAUGAUGAAGUUCCGUUUUGUGUGCAGUCAGCUGGGAAAUGCCUGAACUAUCCAUUGGUACUGGAUGACAAGGACUCUGACUUUGUUCAUUCAUACAUUGGACAAGAACCCAGUGGACAGGCAUUCAACACAAUGCUCUUGAACAAAGAUGGGAAACCGCACAACCCAAUGGUGAAUUCCGGUGCUAUUGUCCUCUGCUCUCUCAUGAAGCCGGAGCUGGAAACAGCUGCCAAAUUUCGACUGGGUGAGUUGCCUACUUUGUUUGUUUUGUACUGUAUUUUACUGAGUCUUCAUUCUGUGAAGUACACAAAUGAUGGACUUGAUUACAGAUCCUGUUUUAGUAUUCUGUGUGUAGUAUACUUGGAGUUAGAGGAUCAGGAAUGUGAUGUUCUUGAUCUGUCCGCUGCUUUCACUAAAACCUGGACUUGUCUCUGUGUAGGAAUGUGUAUGCACGUUCCGCCAAGGACUGGUAGGAGCGGACUCCGGCACUUUUUGCUCAUGCCAGUACUCCAUAGUGUGUUUGCGGACAAGAAAAAGUACCCCACUCCCUGUACUUCAUGGUAUUCAUCUCAAUGCUGCUGCCAUCAUUGCGCUUGUUUCUUAUGUGUCCAGCUGCAGAGCCAAUAUCUGCGAUUGACAGCAGGCGAGUUUGUCGGCUUUGACAACUCCACGUUUCAGUCCGAGAAGCAAACCGCUGACAGGAACUUUGCGCUUGGGUAUUUCCUGAAAGAAAAGGGGGCGUUUCCGAAGAGUGAAAAUUUCGACCUUGCAACAACACUGGAGUUCUAUUUCCAGACAUGCAGCAUGCAGUUUGUGUGCAAAAGUGGUGCUGUUGCUGCUGCCACGUUGGCGAAUGGUGGUGUAUGCCCACUGACCGGGCAAAAGAUUCUCAGCUCCUCCUCAGUGCGGAACACGCUGUCACUGAUGUUGUCUUGUGGCAUGAACCUGAACUCUGGGCUUUUCGCUUUUGAGGUUGGCCUGCCUGCCAAGAGCGGAGUGUCUGGCUGUAUCCUGCUGGUCGUGCCCAAUGUAAUGGGCAUAUGUCUUUACUCGCCACGCUUGGACAGACACGGCAAUAGCGUCCGCGGCGUAGAGUUUUGUAAGCGGCUUGUGUCACAGUUUAGCUUCCAUCACUAUGACAGCCUGUUGCAGUCAGACGGCGUCCGCUAUGAUCCACGCCGUCAGCGCCUGACGUCCAAGGAGCAUUUCAUCACAUCGCUGAUGUUUAGUGCCAGCGAGGGUGACCUGGACAACGUGCAGCGAUUUAUUGAGCGUGGAACAGACCCAGCUGCAGUCACUUACGACGAUCGCAACGCCUUGCAUGUGUCCGCUUGUGGAGGUCAUCUCAAUGUCAUUCGCUACUUGGUCGAGCAUUGCUAUCUGGACCCGAGCUCCAAGGACAGGUGGGGCCGAACAGCAUUAGAUGAAGCUAGGUACUUCAAACAUGCCGAGGUCGCCGAAUACCUGGAAAGCUUGACUGACUCACCGACCGUGCAGAGCUGAGCCACGGCCUCUUUUCACAAAGUCGUUAAGCUGUAUAGCAGAUGAUCAUCAGCAUGGCAUACCGGCUGCAAUGGCUGCCAUGUGCACAUGUCCUCACCAUGUUGCAUAGGCGCACACUGGCAACUAAUCCCUGGCUGUAUGGAUGGUAACCACUUCGUCUAGUGAGUAUGACUGUACUUAGCCGGUGCAGCCUGUCCUUUGCCGCGCCCAAGGCAACAGUUGCAUGCGCAGGCCAAACCCACGUUCAGUCGCCGAACCCACGUUCAGUCGCCGCUGCACUAGAGAUGAAAGAAGUCCUAUUAAAAAAAGUUACCGCAUGAAAUCUUCUGCCUCUCCCGCGUGGACAGAUAACAAGUUACCUCAUGAAAUCAGCUUCAGCCUCUCCUGCAUGGACACACACCUCUGGCUACCAUAACGAAGCACAACUUCCCAACGAAAGCAAACCAAGCUCUGCAGCAUGCAAUGCUCCUCAUCGGCACGCUAUUCUUCUGGCUGAGCUGCAAUCCACUGGCCUCCCAUUAUUCUGUUAUAUUUCCCGUUUACAUGCCACUCUACACCAGUCCUGCUCUUGAAGUGCAGCUUGGCUGUCAGCUAGGCUAACUCUAACUUUGCCAAUAAAAUAAUCCCCAUGCAGAACAACUCAAUAUCAACACAAGGAAACUCCUGCAUAAAAUCCAUGUAGAUCUCCAGUCGUUAGCUUUGGCUGCCCAAGUUGACUAACACAACGGUUGAACCAACGCUGAAGUAAUGUUAGUUUUAGGGUGCAUGUCUUUCUCUCGUAGCUUUCUUAUCUUUAGUCUAGAGCGGAGCUUAUACUCGUCCUCCCAAGCUGUAGUUUCAGAGUAUUUUGAGUAGUUCUGAGAGAGCAUUGGUGUGCGCUUUCACAGUAUGGGAGAGCCGUUUUUUGGUGGCCGUUUUACAUCCUUGUCUACAGUUGUGAUAGUAUUUUUUCAGUUCCUUCCUUCCUUUGGUGACUCCCCUUGACCAGGAAUUCAGACAGUCUUGUUUUAUCUUGCACUACUACCUGCUCAUUUCCUGCAGUUUUGUUUUUAUCGGCGUUCAGCUGUUUUGGUAA